AUGGAGGAGGAGAUAAAGAGGAUCAAUGACCAGAUUGCGGAAGUGGACGCGGAAAUCAAAGAUGUCGGACAGCAGAUUGCCACUGCGGAAAAGGCGUGGAGGAGCUUGGAAGAUGGCCGUGACAAGGACACGUGGCUGAAGCGAGAGGAAGAUUUGCGAGUAAGGGAACGUCAGCUGCGAGAAGAGAAGCACCAGCUGCGAGAGGAGAAGCGCGACAAGGAGGCGCUUUUGCGGCGAAACUCUCUUGCUGCAGUGCACUGUGUUGUAAAAUGGGAGGGGGAGGACCUUCCCACGGUCGUCGAGCCCGUCGCCCACACCCCAAUCGAGAUCCUCCAUGCGUUCUGUGAAGCGCGGCUUGUAAAGAGCGCGGGACUGAAGCCGCUUGACCUUAUCCUAACGGACCAGAAGGGCCAGGAGCUGACCAAUGGCAGUCCUAUUCCCACAAGCACAGCAGCAACGCCACUGAGAGUAGUUCUUCGCAAUGAAACUGCCUUCAGCGAGCGUUCGUCCCACUGCAGCGCCUCAUCAAUCACCCCCCACACUUUGAGAGUGGCGGAAGCUGCAAUCGGAUGGACGCAAAAGUGCUCAAACUGGCCAGUCAAGCUCCCCAACCCCAUCCCCACGGUCCUCCGGUACGAACCCAAAGCACUGAGGGGAAAGAAGAAAUCGGAUGAGGCGGCAAACACACCCUGA